AUGGCCAGAAAAACUGGCAAGUCACAUCCAGUCUACACUCCGGGUGAACAGAAUGCUCUUGACAUGUACAUGGACGGGCUAUCUCUGAACUCAGAUGAGUCUGACACUGGCACCUACGACGACGACGAUGCCAGCUCUAUUCUUAGCAGCCAGACUGCCCAGCACAGAGCAACAAGCAGCACUAUCCCUGGUUCAAGUGCAGAGAUUUACCAGCAAUUCCGUGAUAAGAAGCUUCAAGAGGUCCAGUUACUCAACCAACAGCUCAUAGCUGAACGCGACGAGAUGAAACUGCAACUCCGUCAACUGCAAGCAGGUUUGAAGAGCAUGAAGGAACAGCAGAAACAACGUCCCAACACUAACAACAGCAACAGCAAUGAUGAUGGAAGCGACAACGACGGCAACAGCAAGAAAUCACAUCCAAAGCGACCCAGUCCUACAACGGGCAAUGCUGCCCACGACAAAAAGAUUGGUGAAAUGGGCAGGCGAUUCUGGCUUCUCAACGAGAUGUUCAUUGACAAGAAUUGGUUUAUGAAAGAAAAGCCGGCGAAUAACAGCAUGGAAGGCCGCUAUCCUCCAGAGAAGGACAAGCAGGAGGAGGCGCCUGUUUAA